AUGGCGGCCCCCGGGAACCUCCGGGGCCCGGUCCUAAAAGAUGUUGUGGCGUAUGUUGAAGUGUGGUCAGCCAAUGGGACAGAAAAUUACUCCAAGACCUUUAGGAGUCAACUCAUGGAUUUGGGGGCGAAGGUUUCAAAAACUUUUAACAAACAAGUAACUCAUGUGGUGUUCAAAGACGGGCACCAGAGCACCUGGGAAAAAGCACAGAAGAGAGGUGUGAAGCUCGUCUCAGUGCUUUGGGUUGAAAAAUGCAGGGUAGCUGGGGCGCACAUUGACGAGUCGCUGUUCCCUGCAGCCAGCACCAACCAGCACCUACCAGGCCUGCUUAGAAAAAAGCGCAAGUGUAUGCAGCCCAAAGAUUUUAUUCCCAAGACACCAGAAAAUGAUAAAAGGCUGCAAAAGAAAUUUGAGAAAAUGGCUAAAGAGCUGCAGCAGCAGAAAACCACUCUGGGUACCAAUGUUCCUGUCCUCUUAUUUGAAUCUAAUGGCUCGUUGGUAUACAGCCCAACCGGUAAAGUCUACAGGGGCCACCACAGUGCAAUGAAGGAGAGGCUGCAGGAGAUGAAGGAGAAACGGGAAAACCUUUCCCCCACCUCCUCCCAGAUGAUUGAACAGCCUGAUGAUAACACUGUGAACUCUCUGUGUGAAGCAUCUUUGAACCUUUCACAUGAUACUUUGUGUUCAGAUAACUCUUCUGCCGGUGGUCUGCCCAUGUCUGCUGACGAUCCUUGUGGAGGCUCUGCAAGUGGGACCCGGGAAAGAAAAUGGGGCGAGUUCAUCACUGAGAGGGAAAGUGAUCUGUGCGCUGCGUCGCCGGUGUUGCAGACAGGCCGUGGCAGCCCCUCAGCAGCUCCCCGUCCCCUGGGUCUCUGGACUCCUCCCAGAUCCACCAGCAGUCCUCCCAAGGCAGAGACCCCCCAGCAGAGCAGGGCUGCAGGUGGGGUUGUCACCCCCGUCUCGAAGCCAUCGCGGCUGGCGGCCCAGGGGCUGUCUGACGGGAAGAGGCGUUUGUCUCCUGUGUCCUCUGCUACGAAAGGCCGCCCCGAGGGCCGUGCACAAGCCCUGGGCUCCUCCGUCAAGAGAAGGAAGACCCCGGAGAACUGGCCAGCCUCAGAGGAGGGGCGGAAGAGGAGGCGGUCCCUCCAGCAGCGCCCUGUAGCCUGCCUGCGGCUGUGGGAGGCGGAGAGCGGCCUGUGCUCUGUGCGGAGGCCCGCUGUCAAGAGUCUGGCCCUCGAGGAGUCCUCGUACGAUGAUUACUUUUCUCCUGACAAUCUCAAGGAGAGGGUCUCGGAGGGGCUUCUUGGGGAGCAGCUGCCCUCCAGCCCUGCUCCGCUCCGAGGCCAGAGGAGCCUUUCCAAGACCGAGAGGACCAGCCUCCUGGACAGGGCUGACCUCUCCCUCAUCGGCAGAGGCCCCAGACCCGCCGUCGGCACCUGCCUGGAGAGGCCUGCGCUCUCCGGGGCAGACGCGGGGCUGGGCAGCGGGACCUCGGGGGGGCAUGCCGCUGCUGACGGGACCCCCGGGCCCUGUGUCCAGGCCGAGGCCCAGGGUGGGGGCGAUGCCCGCCCCGCUGGGGGUGACGUUCCGCACACCCCCAGCGGACUCGUCCCCCGGACAGGACCACAGGGAGACCCCAGCCCUCUGAAAGGAAGCAGGGAGGAAGAAUGCACUGACACCCAGAGCAUGCAGAAAGAAGGCCCUUCUCUUGAAACGACGGAGUCUGCUGAAGCGCACAGUGAGGGUGAACUGAACUCUGUAGGUGACUGUGCUGAGGAAGGAUCCACGGAGAGGAAAGCGCCAGCCCAAGGAAGCAGAGAAAGUACGUGA